AUGCCACAACGUAUCUACACUACCAUCACAAAGGACGUCUUCGACCUCAUCCACAAGCUGUGUUCCUCGGCAUUCACUGUUUGGAAUACCAUUGAGGGCCUCUUUCGCUCCAACGAGCUCCAACAUGCUGCCUACUUCGAGGCUGAGUUCGACAGUCCCCAACAAGACGACAUGAGCAUCUCCUACUACUGCGCAAGCUCAAAACACUCGCCAACAACCUCCGUGACGUUGCUCCAAAUUCCCAUCCCGCACCUUCAUGAGCGCCCAUCUUACCUACUGUUGGUGGAGCUCCACGAACUCCACGACGCUAAGAUGGAAGCCAGUCAGGGCCUCUUCAUCGGCCAUGACGGGUCCCCUUCCUCAGUCUCUGGACCUGCUGACGCUGGCCCUAGCUUUGGCUCCAACCGGAACAAGAAUGGCAACAAAAAGCGUGGUCGUAGCUCCGGCUCCAAUUCUGACACCUCUUCUGCUCCCGGCGGCACGGGCAGCGCACCCCAGCAGCGCCACGCCGCUCCUGGCACUCCAUGGGCUGCCGGCUACAACAGACAUUGA